GCGACAAAACCUCCGUAUUUGUGUCCAUACGAGAAGUGCCACAAGAUUUACAAGACUUAUGUGGGAAUGAGAUUUCAUUUACAUAAUUACGAUCACAUCAACAAUCGUCUCCUCACUGAACACUCGCCCACCGACUCGACCGCCAAAAAGCGCGGCCAAUGGCACCACAGGACGGGCGGCGGCGGUGGCGGCGCUCGCUCUCCCUCUCCGCCCGACUUCGCGAAGGGCGCCACUCGCGAGGCCCUGACGUACGCCGAGGCCCAGAAACUGGUGGAAGUGGACAUCGAUGGCAAAGUCCAUCGCAUUAAUAUCAACGAACCCUUAGAUAUCGUACACCUGAGCGCCAAAACCGGCGACUCUCCCCUCAAUGGAAGUGUCAUUUCAUUGAAUGAUAACAAUAAUAGUAUUGACGAAAACAUUACCUCUAAGCCCAAGAAGGGAUCCGUUGCCGACUGCCAGUCGACGCCCCAAACGAACGGCUCGUCCUCUGGGAAGACGAAGACAGGCAAAGGCAAGAAUCGGAGCGGAAAGUGCGGCAAAGGGCGCAAAGACCUGCAGUCAAAGCAGAUGACACCUCUCACGACGAAGACUACCACUGCUUUGAUGCUAAAACUUCCCGAACCAUCGUUUCGGGUGAUCGAAGGCUACGAACCGACGGACGCCAAACAGAGGACCUCUUCUUAUUAUCGAUAUAUCGAGAAAACUAUUGACGACAUCGACGAAGAAGUGGAGUACGAUAUGGACGAAGAGGACACGGCUUGGCUUGAAUUGGUUAAUAAGAAGCGAAGAGCCGAUCGGUUGCCCGAAGUGCCGGCCGACACGUUUGAACUGUUGAUGGAUAGACUGGAAAAAGAGUCAUAUUUUCAAAGUCAAAACAGUGGCAAAGAUGUGGGUCCGGCCAUCGAUGAGGACGCGGUCUGCUGUAUAUGCAAUGACGGCGAGUGUCAAAACUCAAACGCCAUUCUGUUCUGUGAUAUGUGUAAUCUAGCCGUACAUCAGGAGUGUUAUGGCGUGCCGUAUAUACCAGAAGGCCAGUGGCUGUGCCGGCGAUGCCUGCAGUCGCCCUCCCGUGCGGUGGACUGUGUGUUGUGUCCCAACAAAGGCGGCGCUUUCAAGCAGACGGACGACAACCGGUGGUCUCACGUGGUUUGCGCCCUUUGGAUACCGGAAGUGUGUUUCGCGAACACUGUAUUCUUGGAGCCGAUCGAUAGCAUCGGAAACAUUCCGUCCGCGCGAUGGAAGCUCUCGUGCUAUAUAUGCAAACAGCGAAGUGUCGGCGCUUGCAUUCAGUGCCACAAAGCCAACUGUUACGUGGCUUUUCACGUGACGUGUGCACAACAGGCCGGCCUCUACAUGAAGAUGGAAGCGGUCAAAGAGAUGACGUCCAGCGGUUUGGUUACUAACGUGAAAAAGGCUGCCUAUUGUGACGCUCACACCCCCACCGAUGAGAACGGAACUGUUUUGAGUGGUGUUUACUCUUCGGGCGAAGAGGACUCACGUCUCGACAAUCAAAGAGUCAAACAAACGAAAGCCAAGUUCAAGGAGAAGAUGAAGAAAGCGCGCAAAAUAUUGGCCGAAAAGCGUUCGGCGAUUCCUCAGGUGUCGGUUCCGACCAUUCCGUCGGAAAGACUGACCAAAAUCGCGGUUUUGAUAACAAUACCGAAACGAAAUCAAUUUCUGCAGCUUUUGUUGGGAUAUUGGACUCUAAAGCGUCAGUCGAGGAAUGGAGUGCCUCUUCUCAGAAGACUUCAAAUCUCUCACAACAGUCUCCGCAAAGACGGCUCACAUAAAGACGGAGACGACGAACAUGUGAUCAAAAUCAGGGAACAGUUAAAGACAGUCAACCGAUUGAGACAAGACUUGGAAAGAGUGAGACUUUUAGUCGAAUUGAUCCGAAAGCGCGAGAAAUUGAAGCGCGAAUACCUUAGAUAUAGACAAAGCACUGUAGAGUUGCAGUUAAAUCCCUAUAAAUUAUUUCUACUGAAUGUAUUGACACGACUUGAAGAGAAGGACACGAAUAAGUAUUUCUCGGAACCCGUGAGCGUAGACGACGUGCCCGACUAUUUGGAGUUCAUUAAAACGCCUAUGGAUUUCAGUACAAUCAGAGCCAAGAUUCACAGCAAUGCAUACAAUUGUUUCGAGUCGUUUGUCUCUGAUUUCCGACUCAUAAUAGCGAACUGUACUGAAUAUAACACGCGUGAGACGAUGUGGCAUAAGGCCGCUCUCAAACUCAACGACCAAACCGACCAUCUCUUGAAAGAGGCCAAAAAGUUGUCACAAUUAUAUAACACCAAUACUGGACUCCAUUUGCAUCCGACAGAAAACGAGAUACAAAUCUCUGUGAAUGGGAACACCAGUUGUGUCUCCGAACGAAAACAACUCGAAUGCAAACUCAAAGAAUUAGAACAACACUUAUCGGCGGCUAAAACUCAGAAGUCCGGCGGUUCGCGCACUAAACGAGUUCGCAGUUUAACCCAAGAGAUCGCUAACAUUAGGGAUAAGAUAGAGUCGGCGAACUCGACGUCCCAUCACUUGAACGCAUCGGCGUUUCAGACCAAUAUAAGUCCGGCGGUUCGCGCACUAAACGAGUUCGCAAUCGCUAACAUUAGGGAUAAGAUAGAGUCGGCGAACUCGACGUCCCAUCACUUGAACGCAUCGGCGUUUCAGACCAAUAGUUUUCUCAAUUCACCAAACAUUAAGAACUCGUCGCCAAACAAACGCAAACUCAAAACGUCGAAAGCAAAGAACGCCAACUCUAUUGGCAGCGAUUCAGACGAGACAGACAUCUGUGAAAACAAUUCAAAUCUCAAACAUUUCAUCGACAAAGUUGAGGGCAGAAAGACCUAUAAUUCUGUUUCGGCGAGUAUUACCCCCACAGACAUCGAGGGCUUCAUUAAAACCAAUAAUAAUACUCCGAAUAAACAAAAUGUUGUUACAAAUCAAAAA